ACCACACACACUCACACACACACACACACACACUCACGCGCACGCACUCACACGCACGCACUCACACACACACUCACGCGCACACACACGCACGCGCGCACACACACUCUCCGUGCGCCGCUGAGGUGAUCUGACCAAACCGAAGAAACAGAUCGGCUUUAUUAAACUCCUGAAACUCUAAAAUACUUCACGAUCGGGAGACGUCCGGCCUUCUGGAUCAGAUGCUGGUUGUAGACGAAUUCAAAGACAGUUUCGCUUCAGAGCUCUAGAAGUUUCUCCUCCUUUCGAGGAAGAGAAACAGAUAUGUGAAGACGGACCGGUUGGAUGAGAGCGUUGAUCUCUGUGCUCUUCCUGGUUCAUUAAUAAUCCGGUGAUGGUGAAGCGUCCGAACGGGUUCCUCUGCUGAAUCAAAGGUGUUGUGUGUGUGAUGGAGAAGCGAACGAGUCCCUCUUGUGUGAGAAUGACCUCCAGCGCUUCCUAACCCCGUCUGUAGAGCGUCCGGAUCUCACGCUGGCGAGCGAGGAUGCCCGGGCCGAGCCGCUGAGCAUGUACUCGGCGUCCGGUAUGACGGAGUGUAAGGCGGAGGUGACCCCGUCGGCGAGGAACGGGCACCGGGUCUUCAGCUACACUCUGGAGAGCCACACGGCGGCCGCCUUCUCCAUCAUGAACGAGCUGCGUCUGGAGCGCCAGCUCUGCGACGUCACGCUCCGGGUCAAGUACAGCCAGCUGGAGGCCGUGGACUUCGUGGCUCAUAAAGUGGUGCUGGCCUCGUCCUCGCCCGUGUUCCGCGCCAUGUUCACCAACGGCCUGAAGGAGUGCGGGAUGGAGGUGGUGCCCAUCGAGGGAAUACACCCCAAGGUCAUGGGCCGGCUCAUUGAGUUUGCGUACACGGCGAGCAUCUCUGUGGGUGAGAAGUGUGUGAUUCACGUGAUGAACGGGGCCGUCAUGUACCAGAUCGACAGCGUGGUCAAGGCUUGCUGUGACUUCCUCGUGCAGCAGCUGGACCCAAGCAACGCCAUCGGCAUCGCCAGCUUCGCCGAGCAGAUCGGCUGCACCGAGCUUCAUCAGAAGGCCAGAGAGUACAUCUACAUGAACUUCAGUCAGGUGGCCACACAGGAGGAGUUCUUCAACCUGACUCACUGUCAGCUGGUGACUCUGAUCAGUCGUGAUGAGCUGAACGUUCGCUGUGAGUCCGAGGUGUUCCACGCGUGUCUGGAGUGGGUCCAGUACGACCGGGAGAACCGGCGUCCGUUCGUGCAGGCUCUGCUGCAGGCCGUCCGCUGCCACUCUCUGACCCCGCUCUUCCUGCAGCGUCAGCUGGAGCGCUUCGACUGGGACGGCCCGAGCAAAGACUACCUGUCUCAGAUCUUUCAGGACCUCACGCUGCACAAACCCACGAAGCUCAUCCCGCUCCGGACGCCCAAGGUCCCUCAGCUCCUGUACACGGCCGGGGGCUACUUCCGGCAGUCGCUCAGCUACCUGGAGGCGUUUAACCCGGGCUCCGGGGCCUGGCUGCGGCUGGCUGAUCUUCAGGUGCCCCGCAGCGGACUCGCGGCCUGCGUCAUCAGCGGUCUGCUGUACGCCGUGGGCGGCAGGAACAACGCUCCGGACGGGAACAUGGACUCCAACAUGCUGGACUGCUACAACCCCAUGAACAACUGCUGGCUGCCCUGCGCUCCCAUGAGCGUGCCGCGCAACCGCAUCGGUGUGGGGGUCAUCGACGGCAUGAUCUACGCCGUGGGCGGCUCGCACGGCUGUGUCCAUCACAACAGCGUAGAGAGGUACGACCCGGAGAGGGACAGCUGGCAGCUGGUGGCACCGAUGCUGUCCCGACGGAUCGGAGUCGGGGUGGCCGUCAUCAACCGGCUGCUGUACGCCGUGGGAGGCUUCGAUGGGACGCACCGGCUGAGCUCCGCUGAGUGUUAUAACCCCGAGAGAGACGAGUGGAGGAGCAUCGCUUCCAUGAACACGGUCCGCAGCGGCGCAGGAGUGUGUGCUCUGGGGAACUACAUCUAUGUGAUGGGCGGAUACGACGGCACCAAUCAGCUGAACAGCGUGGAGCGGUACGACGUGGAGACGGACGGCUGGAGCUUCAUCGCUUCUAUGAGACACCGGCGCAGCGCUCUGGGAGUGACGGCGCACCACGGACGCAUCUAUGUGCUCGGGGGGUAUGAUGGGAACACGUUCCUGGACAGUGUGGAGUGUUAUGACCCGGAAACGGACGCGUGGAGCGAGGUCACGAACAUGACGUCCGGCCGGAGCGGUGUCGGAGUGGCUGUGACCAUGGAGCCGUGCCAAAAGGGCCUGAGCCCGUGUCAGAAAUGCUAGAAACACACCUGUGUGUGAGCUCUGAGCCGUUAGCGCACAACACACCUGUUCUUCUGAUGAACCUCAGCACAUGAGAUCAGGACAGGUUUCCUCUCGUGAGUCCGGUGAAGUGCCAUGACCCUCAGUCUGUGCUGGACUCGCUUCAUCGGUGUACUUCCAUUAAGCUUUUCGGAGGAUUUUGUAUUUGUCUUUUUCAUGUCAGACGUCGAUCGCUGUUGAAACUGAACUGAAGAUCGUCUCCGAGCUUCUGGAGAUCUACAAACAAACACACGAGAUCAUUUUUACUAACAAAAUAAACUGUGAAGCGUUUCCAGAUUGAUCUAACUGUAUUCCAGCCUACAGAGGCGUUCGAUGCCAACACUGUUUUUGCUCAAAUUAAAAAUUAUUUUCACAGGCUGAUGAAAUUAUGUAUUUGUAAAAACCAAUUUAAGCUGCUUUUCCAGGGAUUUUGUACAUUGGUAUUGCAUGAAGUCUGUUUUUUUUCUUUUAUUUAUUUGAUAUACUGUCCCUUUGCUAUCAGUGAUAUUGGCCCCUGUUCAUUCUUAAUGGACGGAACAGGGCCUCGUUUUUACAAAUUAAGCUUUUCGUUUGAAAAGGGAUGCAUUUUUCCUUUUAAUCACUCAAAAUCAAAUAUUUAAAGUCUGCUUUGUAAAUUUUACAGCAAAGAAUACAUUGUACAAACCUUGUAUAUUAAAAGCGUACCUUCUUGCA